AUGGGGUUUGAGCGUAAACAUGUCUCCAGGUUGGUACCGGCCAACUUGAAGGUGUUGUCUCCUUUGCUUCUGGCUGUAGCCAUUGUGAACUCGGCAACUCUAGGGUACGAUGCUUCAGUCAUGAACGGCCUCCUUAUCCUCCCCUCGUACACCGAAUACUUCCACUUGACCCCUGCAUUGGAAGGUCUCAACAACGCAGCAGCAUGGAUGGGAGGCAUUCUGGGCGCCUUUUUGAUGCAGCCGGUGCCAGACUACUUCGGACGUCGAAGAGCUAUCCUCGUCGCAUCAGUCAUCACAGUAUUUGGCAUUAUUCUCCAAGCCGCAGCGCAAAACAUCGCCAUGUUCGUUGUCUCUCGGAUCAUCGUUGGCAUCGGUUCUGCGAUCAGCAAUGGCGCUGCUCCCACUCUGCUCGGAGAACUUCUGCCAGCUCGCAAGCGCGGCCGAAUUCUCGGUCUCUUCUUCUCUUGUUUCUACGUGGGAAGCUUGGCCUCGGCUAUUGUCAACUAUGGCAGCCAAAACAUCCAAAGUACUUGGUCCUGGCGUCUGCCCUCUCUGCUUCAAUUCGUCCCUAGCUUGUUGGCAGUUGUACUAGUGCCAUUCGUUCCGGAGUCGCCUCGUUGGCUGAUUGCGAAAGGCCGCGAUGAUGAGGCUCUUGAGGUUCUUGUGAUCAUGCAAGGUCAGGGCGUUGAAGAUAUGCAACAAGGUCAGGAGAGCUUGGAUGAGAUUAGAAGCAUUAUGAAGAAGGAGGAAGCAGAGUACCCUCGAAACCCGUGGAGAGAGAUUGUAUCCACCCCCGCCAACCGGAAACGCCUCGCCAUUCUCUGCACAUUUGGUCCCAUGAUCAACAUGUUUGGCAACUUUAUCAUCUCGUCUUACCUUACAAAGAUUUUGAAUCAGGCUGGUAUCAGAGACACAGUGAAGCAAACACAGAUUCAAGUCAUCCUGAACUGUUGGUCAUUUGCUGUUGCAGUCUUUGGCAGCUUCAUGCUCGAUAUAGUAGGUAGAAGGAAGCAGACUUUCAUUGGCGUGGGCGGCAUGAUCGCCAUGCUCUACAUUGUGGGCGGCCUUAUCAAGACAUAUGGCGAAUCAACCAACCAAUCCGGAAUCUACGGCACGAUUGCAGUCAUCUUCCUGUUCCAAGGGUUCUACGCCUUUUCCAUCACGCCAAUGACCAGUCUGUAUCCCACGGAAGUUUCGCAGUACAAGCUCCGAGCUACGGGAAUCGCAAUCUUCCGCAUGCUAGACUCUGGCUUCGGUCUGUUGGCUUCAUUCACAAUGGCAUACGCAAUGGCAGAUUUGGGAUGGAAGUUUUACUUCAUCAACGCUUCCUGGAAUGUGAUCUUCCUCGUUAUAGCAUACUUUACGUUUGUGGAGACCAAAGGCCUCAAGCUGGAAGAAAUUGCCGCAAAGUUCGAAGGACCUAGGAUUUUGGAGGCGAGCAUUGAAGAUUCGGCCUCACAAGAGAUUUCAGUCACUGGAAAGGGGGUGCAGAAUGUCGAUACGAAAUCUAUGUAG